AAGGUGGCGUCAGCAUCUGCAGCCGCGUCGACGUUGUCGGAGCCUCCGCGGAGGACCCAGGAGAGCUGGACUAGGAUCAGGGCCCUGGGCCUCCCCAUGGAGAAGUCCGCUGCCUCAACAGAGCCCCAAGGGCCUCGGCCAGUCCUGGGCCGCGAUAGCGUCCAGGUGCCCGACGACCAGGACUUCCGCAGCUUCCGGUCGGAGUGUGAGGCCGAGGAGGGCUGGAAUCUGACCUACAGCAAGGCCGGCGUGUCUGUGUGGGUGCAGGCUGUGGAGAUGGAUCGGACACUGCACAAGAUCAAGUGCCGGAUGGAAUGCCGAGACGUGCCAGCCGAGACGCUCUAUGACGUGCUUCACGACAUUGAGUAUCGAAAGAAGUGGGACAGCAACGUCAUUGAGACCUUCGACAUCGCCCGCCUGACAGUCAAUGCUGACGUGGGCUAUUACUCUUGGAGGUGUCCAAAGCCCCUGAAGAACCGUGAUGUCAUCACCCUCCGCUCCUGGCUCCCCAUGGGCACUGACUACAUCAUUAUGAACUACUCAGUCAAACACCCCAAAUACCCGCCUCGGAAAGACUUGGUCCGAGCUGUGUCCAUCCAGACGGGCUACCUCAUCCAGAGCACGGGGCCCAAGAGCUGCGUCAUCACCUACCUGGCCCAGGUGGACCCCAAAGGCUCCUUACCCAAGUGGGUAGUGAAUAAAUCUUCUCAGUUCCUGGCUCCCAAGGCCAUGAAGAAGAUGUACAAGGCAUGCGUCAAGUACCCGGAGUGGAAGCAGAAGCAUCAGCCGCACUUCAAGCCGUGGCUACACCCAGAGCAGAGCCCGUUGCCGAGCCUGGCGCUGUCGGAGCUCUCCGUGCAGCACGCGGACUCGCUGGAGAACAUCGAUGAGAGCGCUGUGACAGAGAGCCGGGAGGAGCGCUUGGGGGGCGCAGGCGGCGAGGGCAGCGAUGACGACACCUCGCUUACCUGAGCGCGGCACCACCGCAGGGACCAAGACAAGAUGGAGUGGGGCCGGGGUGGCGGAUCCUCCCGCGCUUUCUCCCCUCCCCCACCCCCGCGCCUCCUAGGGACGCUGGGCUCCGGCCCAGGCUGGCGCUGUGGCCUGGCUGGACACAGCCCCAAUAAACGAUCCCACAGCCUCAA